UCGGGACAAUGGCUGGACUCUUUCUGCUACUUUCAGGUUUAUGGUUCUAUUUGCGCCCCUGGUGGAAGUCUAAGAAAGCACAUAAUUUUAUAGGUGAAGACAAUGAGGACCUUGGAAAGCAAGAAUUUAUUCAAUAUGAUUUUGCUACAUUGAGCGCUGCAACAAGUGAAUUUUCAGUUGAUAAUAAGCUUGGCGAAGGAGGAUUUGGACUUGUUUAUAAGGGAACCUUAAAUACAGGAGAAGUAAUAGCAUUAAAGAGACUCUCCGGCAAAACUGGACAAGGUGCGAAGGAAUUCAUGACUGAGGCCCGUCUUGUGGCCAAACUGCAACAUAGGAAUCUCGUUAAGCUUCUAGGGUUUUGCUCUCAUGGAGAAGAAAAAAUGCUUGUCUAUGAAUUCCUUCCCAAUUCAAGUGUUGACCGUUUCUUAUUUGAUCCAAUAAGACGUGAAUCACUAAAAUGGAAAACCCGAUACAAAAUUAUAAUGGGGAUUGCAAGAGGGCUUCAGUAUCUUCAUGAGGAUUCUCGUCUUAUUAUAAUACAUCGUGAUCUCAAACCAAGCAAUAUUUUAUUAGAUAAAGAAAUGAAUCCAAAGAUAGCUGACUUUGGAAUCGCAAAGCUCUUUGGAGGGAAGCAAAAGUAUGGAAAUACAAGUCAAAUUGUAGGAACACAAGGAUAUAUGGCACCAGAAUACUUAUUAACUGGGGAAUAUUCAGAAAAAUCUGAUGUUUAUAGUUUCGGCAUAAUAAUCUUUGAGUUGGUGAGCGGGCAGAAGAAUAGAGUUCUUUAUCAAGCAACACACAUGGAAGACAUGCCAAAUCAUGUUUGGAGGCUAUGGAAUGGUGGGAAAUGUCAUGAUUUUAUAGACCCAAUAUUACAAAAUAGUGCUCCAACAUCUGAAGUGAUGAAAUGCAUUCAAAUUGGAAUGUUAUGUGUACAAGGAAAUACGGAUAAUCGACCGACAAUGGCAACAGUUGUGCUUAUGCUUACUGGCUCUAUGCCCUUACCAUCUCCCUCCACACCUUUAAUGGCUAUUCAUGAUUAUAGCCUACCAAGGUUUGACAUUGAUGCAACCCAGAAUCAUGGGUCUACAGAUCAGUCCACAUCCAAGUUAGAGGCGCGGUAAAAAUUGACAAAUUUUUUAAAAGUCUUAAACAAUUUCAAACAUUAUGAUAUUUUUAUAAUAACUUAUA